UUACUUGCUUGUUAUCACCAUGAAAAAUUCCAUUGUAGAAAAAUGAAUUAUCAAAAUUUUUAUUUUUAUGAUUCAACAUUUCGCGUAAAUAUUUUUAAAGUAAAUUUCCUUUAAUUCAGCGUGGGAGAAUUUGACGAACGUUCUCUCGAGUCUCGAAUUUUCUGUGCACUUCUAGUUCUGUGAUUAUAUUUCUAUUUUUCGUUAUCAAUGGUAUGAGCAGCUCACCACAACCCUUUCCAAGUUGUAUCGUUUUUUCAGUUUAAUAAUUUACGGAAUCAUAAUUCUAUGCAAUGACUUCCUCUACGACUACUGAUUCUCUUUUGAGCUGUUGCGACAAUUACAUUCUCAUUGACGUGGGUGCAAAUAUAACAAAUAAGAAAUUCCUUCGAGAUAUUGACUCGGUAGUUCAGCGAGCGAAAGAAUCAGGAAUACAAAAAAUCAUAGUGCCUGGAUCGUCGAUAAAAUCAGCGAAAGAAGCUCUCAGACUUGCUAAAUUUCAUCCUGGAACGGUGUAUGCAACUGCUGGAAUACAUCCUUUCGAAGCCAAAUCAUGGGAGGAAUCGCAAAUGCUCGAAUUACAAGAAAUAUUGCAAGAUACGGAAUGCGUCGCUGUGGGUGAAAUAGGAUUAGAUUAUACGAAAGAUUUUUCUCCGCGAGAUGUUCAAAAAUACGUAUUCGAAAAACAGGUGGCUUUGGCAUGCCAGCUAAAAAAACCGAUAAUUUUGCAUGAGAAAGGUGCUCAUGAAGAUGUAAUGGAAGUACUGAAAAAGUAUGAAGAUACAUUGCCUCCGUUAGUUUUUCAUUCUUUUGUAGGAACUUUUGACGAAGCUAAAUCCUAUUUGCAAUUCGAUACCUCUUAUAUUGCUGUUUCUGGAUAUAUCUGCAAGGAUAAUUCCACAAAUGGGAUUCAGAAACUCAUUGAGUCAAAAGCUUUGCCUUUGAAUAGAAUUUUGGUGGAAACUGAUUCUCCUUUUUUGUACCCGAACGCUCGUUCAUCCAAGUUACCAACUCAAGUCAAGAGCACCUUCACUCAGAGAUCAUUGAAAUUUUUGGAAAGAUAUUGCACCUUCCAAAGAAACGAACCUUGUAGUCUUCCAAUAAUAGUUGAAAUAGUAGCUGGAUUGAUGAAUAAACCUGCCGAGGAAGUUGCAUUGGCAUCCACUUUGAAUGCAUUGAAAGUAUUCGGCCUUUCUUCGUAAUUUAACUCGUAAUACAUGACUUCAAAUCUUGAGCUGUCGCUCGUAAUGUGUUUUAAUCUAUUUUAUUAUUGUUAUUUAUGAAUUCAUUGUGAUACAAAAAUUAUUUUUUAUUGAAGAACUUAUCGUUAGUAUAAUCGUACGGCGAUUAAUAGUUGAAUUUAAUUAUUUCAUGUAACUUUUCAUAACGAAUAUUCAGUUUUUAAAUACAUUUUCUCGUUUUAA